AUGGCUCUGGUCGAGUACUCUGAUUCGGAUUCGGAUUCCGAAGCACCUGUCCAACCGACUGCAGCGCCUACAGCACCCGGACCAAACUCGAAGAAGCCCUUCCAAAAGGUCGUCAACCGCGCCAACCCCGGGAAGAUUGUCGUCAACCUCCCUCAGACAAAGCGUGAAGACGUUGCGUCCGCCGAUGAUACUCCUCCAGCGAAGCGCACCAAGACGGGCGGCGGCGGCGGCGGUAUGUUUGCCGGCUUCAGCUCACUACUGCCAGCGCCCAAGAAUGCCGCGAAGAGACCGUCUGCGCUGAGCAGCAGCAGCAGCUCGUCGCGGCCUGUUUUCCAGCUCAAGACGAGCGCGGAAGCUGGCUUCAGUCGCGACAGCCCGGUUGCAGAUUCUGGCGGGGAGGGCGAGGGUUCGGGCCUUUCGCUGCCGCCACCCAAGACGGCGCCUCAACCAUCCAUACCGGAGACGAUGAAGCCUGAAGAAGAGGUCAAGCUGGUCGGCAAGCCCAUGAUGUUUCGGCCAUUAUCAGUUGCCCGGAACAAGAAGAAGCCGGCGAAAAAGCUGCCCCAACCAGCAGCAGCAGCAGCAGCAGCAGCAGUGCCUGUGCCGGCAGCUGCAGCACCAUCUAACGAAGCCGCCGCCGAGCGUGUACAAUCCUACCUAGACGAAGGCUGCGCUCUACGCAAACACCCGACACCGACGACGGCGCCCACGUCCGACAAAGAAUCGCUGCACACGAUUGCAAACGACCUCAACCUCUCGGCGGCCGAGCGCCGCGAGCUCUUUGGGCGCGGCGGCCCGAGCAACGCCCAGGGCGCCGCAGCCACGAGGGUCAUCAACUUCAACACGGACCAGGAGUACCAGCACAACGAGGAUCUGCGCGCCUCGGGCCAGGAGCAGACUCACAACCCCCGUGCGCUCGAUCGCGCCAGGCAAGCACAACCUCCGGCAGCUCGUCAAUGCUGUGCAGAACAACCGCGAUGCGCUGGAGGAGAGCUUCGCCAAGGGCAAGAGCAAUCGCAAGGACGCGUCGAGCCGGUACGGAUGGUAGGCGGAUAG